CUCCAGCUACCCAGCUAAAGCCGUCCAUCGCCGAGUUCACGCAGCCUCUGGCCCGCACAUCAACGCUCGACUCAAGGAGAUAGAAGCAUUGGUAUUGACGAUUUUCCUUCGACAGACACGCAUACGAUCGCAAAUAAGAGUCCAAAAUGGAUACCCUCGUGGCUCGGUAUAGCCGCCCGACAUACCAGCAGAAUGAGGCCUUCUCGGAGCAGGAGCAGCAAGAUCUCGCCGACGCCGUGCCCAGUUUCUCUCUCAAGUUUGCCAUGCCGCCGGUAGCACAUCCUUCGGCUUGGCUCCGCGCAGCGACAGAUGACCGGUCGAACCCGUCGUGCCCGAUCAAGAUUGCGCACGGCACAACGACGCUGGCCUUCCGCUUCCAGCACGGCAUCAUCGUGGCGACCGACUCGCGCGCCACGGCGGGCAACUGGAUUGCGUCACAGACGGUCAAGAAGGUGAUUGAGAUUAACUCGGACCUGCUCGGCACCAUGGCCGGCGGCGCCGCCGACUGCCAAUACUGGCUCGCCUGGCUGGGUAUGCAGUGCCGGCUGCACGAGCUGCGCCACAAGCGCCGCAUCAGCGUCGCCGCCGCGAGCAAGAUCCUCGCCAAUCUGGUGUAUCAGUACAAGGGCAUGGGCCUGUCGAUGGGCACCAUGUGCGCGGGUGUGACCAAGGAGGAGGGUCCCGCGCUCUACUAUAUCGACUCGGACGGCACCCGGCUGGCGGGGAAUCUGUUCUGUGUCGGGUCCGGCCAGACGUUCGCCUACGGCGUGCUCGACGCCGAGUACCGGUACGACUUGACGACUGAGGAGGCGCUCGAGCUUGGCAGCCGCAGCAUCCUGGCGGCCACGCAUCGCGACGCCUAUUCGGGCGGCUUCAUCAAUCUGUAUCAUGUCAAGGAGUCCGGAUGGGAGAAGCACGGCUUCACCGACACCAACCCGGUGUUUUGGAAGACCAAGCUGGAGAAGGGCGAAUUCAGCAACGUCACGAGCGAUCUGGCUGAAUGAGGGCUGCGGAGAGGGAGCAGUGGGAAGGUAGUGUUUGAGCGGGCUUGAGUGACAUUGGCUUGGUAGUUCAAGUUGAAUGGGCACGGCGUUGGUGCUCUGCGGUCAGGGCAGAAAUGGGAUGAGCAACGAGCCUGUAAGGGUACAACAGGACAGCAUCGUGCACGCUUGCGAGAAACACAACCACAUCAUCCUACCUUAUGCUGAGCGUGACUGAUGUGUUGAUUGACCAGCCGGGUAUCCAACCGAUUUUGUAAGACUCUAUCACGGGGGUAUUGCCGUCACAGAACUACUGGUACAUACAUACAGGGGAAGAGAGAUAGAGAGAGGAAAAGGUGGCUUAUACAUGCAGGUUUCUC